AUGGAGGCAAUCAUAUAUCGAAUUAAGCGUGGAUGGCUUCCCGCUCUUGCUCUUUCAACUUGCGUCGUGGCUGGAAACAAAGGGGUGGUGAUUGGCACCGAGAGAGUGCCGAAUUGGCCUUUCGACGUAUUUGAUUAUGUUGAUCCUCUAAUCGGAACCAUCAAUGGAGGUCACGUCUUUCCUGGUGCAACCCUUCCAUUUGGAAUGGCCAAGGCAGUUGCGGAUGUGAACAAUCCGGAUGAGAAGCAAGGAGGAUUCGCAUCAGACAACAGUGAUAUCACAGGUUUUAGUCAUAUGCACGACUCGGGGACUGGGGGGUCACCCUCGUUGGGCAACUUCCCAAUAUUUCCGCAAACGGGAUGCCCUGGAGAUAUCGUCGAUAACUGCUUCUUCACCAAAACCGACCGAGCAUCGAGAAGAAUCAAUGACACCGUGGAAGCCCACCCUGGAUAUUUUGCAAUCAGCUUGAACACUUCGGUCCACACGGAGAUGACUGUCACCAACCACACCGCCUUGUACCGUAUAACCUUUCCCUCAAAUUCGACAAAAUCGGCGCAAAAUCAGACAGCACUACCAUACAGCCCUCUGAUCCUGGUUGAUUUGACCGACUUGCCAGAUUCCAGAAUCAAUGGGAGCGUUGAAGUUGACGGAGACAAUGGGAGAAUUGUCGGAAAUGGGACGUUUAACCCAUCCUUCGGUCUCGGAACUUACGAUCUUCACUUCUGCGCUGAUUUCUCAGGAGCCCCCAUCAGAGAUACGGGUGUCUUCAUGAACAAUAGAGCUGGUAGCGAACCGAAGAAUUUGAGGAUCACUCCAAAUGGAAACUCACCGCCUAUCCCAGCCGGAGCGUGGACUCAAUUCGAAGCACCUGCUAAUAAUCAAUUGUUGGUUCGGGUCGGCCUUUCAUUUAUCAGUACGGAACAAGCUUGCCAUAAUGCAGAGACCGAGCUCCCAAAUUUUGGGUUCGACGACGCUCGCAAGGCAGCCGAAGAAGUCUGGAGGCAGAAGCUUGGGGUCAUCAACGUUGAUACGACGGGUGUUAGUGAUAUGCUACAAACUGUCUUCUGGUCUGGUACUUACAGAGCGAUGAUUUCACCGCAAGACUAUACCGGAGAAAAUCCUCUAUGGGAGAGCGACGAGCCAUACUACGAUUCGUAUUACUGCAUCUGGGACUCCUUUAGAAGCAUUCAUCCUCUGAUCACGUUGCUGGACCCUGAGAGCCAGACGAAAAUGACCAGAAGUUUGAUUGAUAUCUAUCGACACGAAGGGAAACUUCCUGACUGCCGCAUGUCACUUUGCAAGGGCUUCACGCAGGGAGGGUCGAAUGCUGAUGUGGUCUUAGCGGAUUCCUACCUGAAAAAUAUCACAGAUGGUGUUGAUUGGGUGACUGGAUAUGAGGCUGUGGUCUCAGACGCUGAAGAUGAACCUCUCGAUUGGUCUGUUGAAGGGAGAGGAGGCCUGACCAGUUGGAAGAACCUAGGAUAUAUUCCUACGGAUGAUUUUGAUCCAUAUGGAGGAGGACCUUUCACUCGUUCCAUCUCGCGAACGGUUGAAUACGCAUACAACGAUUUUUGCGUCGCUGAAAUGGCGAAAGGACUUGGUCAUGCAGGAGAUGCUGAGAAAUAUCUAGAGCGAUCGGAUAAUUGGAAGAACAUGUACAAAGCAGAACAGACUUCUUUCGUCACGAACACCACCGGUCACAUCAACGAGACCCUCGACAGCGGGUUCACCGGAUUCCUCCAGCCACGAUAUCUCAACGGCACCUUCGGAUUCCAAGAUCCAUCCCUUUGCUCACCACUCUAUAACUUCACCUCAUGCUACCUUAAACCUGACGGGCAUGAAACCUACGAAGGCAGCGCAUGGAUGUACACCUUCUACGUUCCCCAAGAUAUGGCGACUCUCAUCACAACAUUAGGCGGACCCUCCACCUUCGUAAAACGAUUAUCCUAUCUGCACACCUCAGGCCUUCUCUACAUUGGAGAUGAACAAGCCUUCCUCCCCGUCUUUCAAUUCCACUACGCAGGCCGUCCAGGUCUUUCAGCAUAUUUCUCUCACUUUUAUAUCCCCUCUCAGUUCAACGGCACUGUCGAAGGGAUAGCAGGGAACGACGACUCAGGAGCAAUGGGCUCCUUCACCACGCUCUCCAUGAUGGGUCUCUGGCCAGUCCCCGGACAAGAUGUUUAUUUAAUCACACCACCGUAUUUCUUAGAAGUUAACGUGACAAGCGGGCAGACGGGUAAGGUGGCGACGAUCAGGAAUGUUAAUUUCGAUGCCGAGUAUGAGAAUAUUUAUAUUCAGAGCGCGACAUUGAAUGGAGAGAGUUAUACGAAGAAUUGGAUCACGCACGAUUUUUGGUUGGAGGGUGGGGUUUUGGAGUUGACGUUGGGGAGGAAUGAGAGUAAUUGGGGUACGAAGGAUGAGGAUCUGCCGCCGAGCUCCUCGACUUCUUGGUAG